CAAAGCCGAAGGAAAAAAAAAAAAGUCUCUCUCUCUCUCUCUCGCUCGCAGAUCUGAGAAUCAUCUUCUUCUUCUUCCUUUGUUCAUCAUCAAACUCCGAUCUAAACAACAAUGGCGGCACCAACAGGUUCAUCAGCAAGGGAAGAAUUCGUAUACAUGGCGAAACUCGCGGAACAAGCCGAGCGAUACGAAGAAAUGGUUGAAUUCAUGGAAAAAGUCGCGAAAGCUGUUGACAAAGAAGAACUCACCGUCGAAGAACGUAACCUCCUCUCCGUCGCUUACAAAAACGUGAUCGGAGCUCGUCGUGCUUCUUGGAGAAUCAUUUCAUCGAUUGAACAGAAGGAAGAGUCUCGCGGCAACGAUGACCAUGUUUCCUUGAUCCGUGAUUACAGAAGCAAAAUCGAAACCGAGCUUUCUGAUAUCUGUGAUGGUAUCCUCAAGCUUCUCGAUACGAUUCUCGUUCCCGCUGCUGCUUCUGGAGAUUCGAAGGUGUUUUACCUUAAGAUGAAAGGUGAUUACCAUAGAUACUUGGCUGAGUUUAAAUCUGGUCAAGAGAGGAAAGAUGCUGCUGAACAUACUCUUACUGCUUACAAAGCUGCUCAGGACAUUGCUAACUCUGAAUUGGCUCCUACUCACCCGAUUCGUCUUGGUCUUGCGUUGAACUUCUCUGUGUUUUACUAUGAGAUUCUCAAUUCUCCUGACCGUGCUUGUAAUCUCGCUAAGCAGGCGUUUGAUGAAGCUAUUGCUGAAUUGGAUACUCUUGGUGAAGAGUCAUACAAGGACAGUACUUUGAUUAUGCAGCUUCUUCGUGAUAACCUCACUCUCUGGACUUCUGACAUGCAGGACGAUGCUGCUGACGACAUCAAAGAAGCAGCACCAGCAGCACCAAAGCCUGCCGAAGAUCAGCAACAAUCCUAAGUCAUGCGGCGAGUUUGUUGUUGUUGUUUCAGUAUCUAAAACUUCUCCAUUAAUAUGUUUUUCUCUUGGAGGAGGAGUUUCUGUGUUGGUUUCUGAUUUCCUUUUAUCCCGAAGCUCUCUGAGGCAGUCUAAUUCUUGUCCUUGUUUGCUUUUCUUAAACGUGGAUGCGAAAACUCGAUUCCUAUUAUUUUUCUUUAAUCUGUUUCCAUUUUAUCGUGAAUUGACUUUCAUGUUCUGUUUCUCUGUUUGUAAUGGAUUUAUCUUUUCUUGUUUCAA